UCUUGUGAACUAGAAACUUUUGAAUUUUAUGUGUUGCAAUAGGAUUUUUAUUAACACUUAUCAAACUGAUUCAUUGGAUUCAAAAUUAUUUUCUCAUUUUAUGCAAUGGACGUUUUUAAUUACCGAAGUUUUCCGUUACAGUUUUAACUUACAAAACGAAUUAUCAGCAAUAUUUGAAAAUUUAAAAGCUGCAAAUUUCUAAGAAAGAUACGUUCUGGAGUUUGUGAUUUUGUAAACAUCUCAGGCGAUUUAUAUCGCAGAACUGGAGAAUGGUCGGUUUUGUACAGUUCAUAUAUACACCUUUAUCAUUUGAUGAUUGUAAUAAAGAUUAAUUUGUAAUUGUAAUCUAUUUGUAAAGCAUCAAAAAUUAACAUUAACUGUAUAACAAAAUGAUUUUCUUCAUUAUGAAUUUAAUUUUGUUUUAUAUUCUUGAAUCCAAUGGUCAAUUAACUACACAUCACAUUUUUUCCCAAAUUGUCAAAAAGAACGUCAGGUUUUUUGACAUCCCGACUGCCGAACAGUUUGUUAGAAGUGUUAUUGAUUGUGCUCGUUUGUGUCAAAAAAGUCAAGAUUGUAAAUCAGUGAAUCUUAUACGAAUGGGAAAGAAGAAGAUGUGUCAAUUGUUCAAAACCAAACCAUUAGACCCAAGAACUCUAGAUCAUGACAUCAACUCUCAGUACUGGGAAAGGACAUGCCAGCCAUCGUUUGCUAUAACGGCAGCUACAUCAGAUAAUAUUACCUUACAAAUAAAGAUAGUUGCAGAUUUUGGCCGAAACAUAUACCAUCUAAACUUUAACGACGAUUUUACACAAAACAACCUUCAUUUCAAUGAUUCAGUUCUUAAAGCAACCAAUGGUAAACAUUUGAUGAUCUCCAACGCUGUUACUAUGAAAUCUCAACAUUCUCCUUCUAUCAGUCUUAAAGAAAAUGGCACUGGUUGGACAUUUUGUGAUAUUGACACAACACCUUGUACAGUUCCAGGAUCCUGGCCCAAACAUUUUGAAGAACUGACAGGUGGAUUCUCUACUUGGGCUCUUACUAGCAACAGAGAUGGCGAUGGUUUCUAUGUUUUCAGUAAUGAGAGAGUUAUAGAAAUAUCUACACCAAUAGGCCCUGAGUGGGAAGUAGUUGAAACAUAUAAUAUUAAUGAAAAUGUUGCUGAUAAUCUGUGGAGAAAUAUUCCACGUGGUAUAAUCGCUGCUUCUUGGAUUCCACAAUAUGGCCCUGAAAGAAAGGUGUUCUUAGCAACUCGCGACUACUACGUUGUUUUUGAUAUCACAUCUAACGCAGUAUUGCAACGGGAUCAUUUAUGUAGUCCUUAAAGGGCGUAUGACUCUAUUUUUGGAACAUUAACACAGACAAAAAUGGGACCUAAAAGCACAUAUUAAUGUAACAUGGAUGAAUGUAUAGAAAGUGAUUUGUAUUCAGUUCUUUAAAGAACAUUAUUGUAAUUUUUUAAUCAAUGUAUAAUAAUAUACAUGAUAUUAAAACAUCAUGUAUAUUAUCUAGAGAAUAGCUGAGUUUUUUUGGGUUUUUUUUACUUAUUUUACUUGUUGAUAUUUUUUGAUAUCAAAAAAGACGAGUAGGAGAUUUUAUUUAUCACCCAAUCCCUUCUACAUGCACAAAUAAAUAAAUAUAAUUCUUUGCUGUAGAUUUCAAUUUUACUGAACAUUACGACGUAGUGAUACAUCAUUUUUUGACAGCAAUUCAACCAUAGCAAAGUCCUUUAUAUUGACCCAGUGUUUCCAUCAAAGUCAAUUACAUAAAAAUAGUUCCUUUUUAAUAAGAAAGAAGUUACUAUUAAUAAAAAAAAUGAACUGUUCUUUGAAAAUAAAAAAAAAGUAUGUCCUUUUUGAUUGACCAAUCAAAUUCAUGUAAAGCGAUAUCUACUGUAAAAUGUAUUAUUGGGUGAUAAUAUAGUUUAACUACUCAUAAGGAUAGAUCUAUAUUUUUUGCAGAGAUAUUGUUCAGUCAUCGAAUUGCUCAAUGUUUUUUUAGGGAGUUAUUUCCAAACUUUAUGUUAAUGUUUGACUAUAGUUAUACGAAUGAACUUAUUAACAUUAAAAGAUAUUGCAGUGGUCAUCAAAACCUUGCAUUCGCAUUACAUGUAGGAGUUAAUUAGAUUUUAUUUAAACCUUUCGAAAUAAAUUGCCGCGCCCGAAUUUGUGGUUAUUGCGUUAUCGUCAUUAUAGUCCUGUAAUUCACUCUCUGGAUUUGUUUCCAUUCGUUAUAAGUCUAAACGCCUUUAUCGCCAAUAAUAUCUGCAGUUAUUACCUUUGUCAUCUAAACCUUGUAUUUAGCUUUUCUUGUUGAGAUUGUGGAGAACAUAUUUUUCUUAAUCUCAGAAAUAUUAUAUUGCUGGCAAGUUUUACGACUAAGCUGCUUUGAAAAUAUGUUUCAUUGAAUGUUAAUGUUAAUAACUGUCAAUGGUUAUUUGUGGCCCAUAUCUGGACCCGAAUACAUUCAAUGUCCUUAGCUACAAGCAUAAACAGAAUAACAAGUGAAUUGCUUACUGCUAUUUAGGGGCGGUCCUGCCACUAGGGCCUCCACCUAGAUCCACCACUGACAACUUACAGUGGUUCUCAACCAGUGUGCCGCGGCACACCUGUCUUCCUAAGUGUGCCGCGUCAUUUUGAACGACACACUAAGAAAAUGUGAAAAACCACUUGAUUCCAAAUUGAGUAUUCACUGGUGUCUACUGAUAAGUUCAUAGCGGUGUUUUUCUUUAUUUAUUUUGAGUCAUUCUAUGUUUCUAUGACUAGUCUGUGUUUACGGUUGUAUGCCGUCUAUGACUUGCCAUGUUUUUAUUUUGCAUAAUUCAAAUAUUUUUCAUAUAUAUAUAUUUAGCCAGGUGUGCCGCUAAUUUUUCAGGUGUUCCAAGGUGUGCUGUUGCCAAAAUAAGGUUGAGAACCACUGUUCUAUAAUGAUAGAAGUCGUAUUAUCUAAUGCACAAUAAUGAAAUGUCCUCUUGUGAACUCCGUAGUUAUAGACCAAUUCUAUUCGAUUAUUCUAACAAUUGCAAGCAAAUCUCAAUUCGUGUAUUUUAUGAUUGUAUGACCAGUGUUCUCUUUAUGCCUGUAUAUUCUGAACCUGGUGUAGAAAAAAAAAUAAUUAUAUCCUUGAAUCAUUUCAAUUAACUCCAAACGAACCAUUAUAUAUAGCCUUAACCGAUUGAAAUCAAUGUUUUAUUAUCUCUCCAUUCUUGUGCUUAAAUUAAUAAUAUUAGCGUUAAUUGACUGUACAUUUACGUAGGUAUUUCCCCUGGAGAUUAAUUAUGUUCAACUUCAAACUUCAAACCCCAUUUUUAACGGCUAUUAGUAUUACGUUGACAAAUAAAAUUAGACCAAACAUGAUUAGUGGGCUUACAAUAAAAAUAACAGAAAGGAAAUCCUACCCCGUUAACCCCACAAUUUGACACUAUUGUUAGUAUGGAUGAUUGCUCACAAUUGAUUCCCUUGUUUUUAUUCAUUCUAUACUUAAUAAACACAUACU